GCCUCCCGAACGCACUCAUCGGGCGUGAAAUUGAUAAGACGCGUUGUGGUUUUUUUGCGCUUCAAAGCUCUUCCCAGAACGGUGGUAGUGCAAAUGGUGCUUUUUGGUAUUUCCCAUUAAUUGUAUAAAGUCGUUGUGGGACUCUUCGUGCCCAUAUCCAGGACCAGAUCGUGGUCGAUGGUACAGUUCCUGGUAGUCCCAUCGUGUUGAAGAUGAACGAUAUUCCGCAGCUUUCGUCAGUUGGGCUUUUGGAGCUUGCCCAUCGCGAGUACCAAGCUGGGGAUUACGAAAAUGCCGAAAGGCAUUGCAUGCAGUUAUGGAGACAGGAUCAGGCGAAUACCGGAGUUUUAUUGCUUUUAUCAAGCAUACAUUUUCAGUGCAGGCGACUUGAUAAAUCCGCACAUUUCAGCACUUUGGCAAUCAAGCAGAAUCCACUCUUGGCCGAAGCUUACAGUAAUUUGGGCAACGUGUACAAGGAAAGAAGCCAGUUGCAGGAAGCACUGGACAAUUAUCGACAUGCAGUCCGUCUCAAACCUGAUUUUAUUGAUGGAUAUAUCAACUUAGCUGCAGCUCUUGUCGCUGCAGGAGAUAUGGAGCAAGCAGUUCAAGCAUACAUUACCGCAUUGCAGUACAAUCCAGAUCUCUACUGUGUUCGUAGCGAUUUGGGUAACCUCCUAAAAGCAUUAGGUCGUUUAGACGAGGCCAAGGCGUGUUAUUUGAAAGCAAUCGAAACUAGACCGGAUUUCGCCGUCGCUUGGAGCAAUCUUGGGUGCGUUUUUAACGCUCAAGGAGAAAUUUGGCUCGCUAUACAUCAUUUUGAAAAAGCUGUCGGUUUGGAUCCCAACUUCUUGGAUGCCUACAUCAAUUUGGGCAAUGUGUUGAAGGAAGCGCGAAUUUUUGACCGGGCGGUAGCGGCGUAUUUGCGGGCCCUAAACCUCUCCCCCAACAAUGCCGUCGUCCAUGGUAACCUGGCAUGUGUCUACUACGAACAAGGCCUCAUCGAUUUGGCAAUCGACACCUAUCGAAGGGCCAUCGAAUUGCAGCCCAAUUUCCCCGACGCCUACUGCAAUUUGGCGAACGCCCUUAAGGAAAAGGGUCAAGUAUCGGAAGCCGAAGAGUGUUACAACACAGCGUUACGUUUGUGUCCUUCACAUGCCGACUCACUUAAUAAUUUAGCUAAUAUCAAACGUGAACAGGGUUAUAUUGAAGAGGCGACUCGACUAUAUCUGAAAGCACUUGAAGUCUUUCCUGAAUUUGCAGCCGCUCAUAGUAACCUCGCUUCGGUGUUACAACAACAGGGUAAACUAAACGAAGCUCUAAUGCAUUACAAAGAAGCGAUUCGGAUUCAACCGACUUUUGCCGAUGCUUAUUCUAAUAUGGGGAAUACCCUGAAGGAGAUGCAGGAUGUGUCAGGGGCGUUACAGUGUUACACUCGUGCUAUCCAGAUUAAUCCAGCCUUUGCUGAUGCUCAUAGUAAUCUGGCGAGUAUUCAUAAAGAUUCCGGAAACAUUCCAGAAGCGAUUCAGUCGUACAGAACGGCCUUGAAAUUAAAACCGGAUUUUCCGGACGCCUAUUGUAAUCUCGCACACUGUCUUCAGAUCGUUUGUGAUUGGACGGAUUAUGAUGCAAGAAUGAAGAAACUGGUCAGUAUUGUGGCCGACCAAUUGGAGAAAAACCGACUUCCGUCGGUUCACCCCCACCACUCGAUGCUAUAUCCCUUAUCGCAUGAAUUCCGUAAAGCUAUAGCAGCACGUCAUGCGAAUUUAUGUCUGGAAAAGAUCCACGUUUUGCAUAAACAUCCGUACAAGUUUACAACAGAGUUAAAAGGGCGUUUAAGGGUCGGUUAUGUGAGUAGCGAUUUUGGGAAUCACCCAACUUCGCAUUUAAUGCAAUCCGUUCCGGGUUUACACGACCGAAACCGAGUCGAGAUUUUUUGCUACGCGUUGAGUCAGGACGAUGGGACGACUUUUAGGAGUAAAAUCUCACGAGAAGCUGAACAUUUUAUUGAUUUAUCACAGAUUCCGUGUAAUGGUAAAGCCGCAGAUAGGAUUCAUGCUGAUGGUAUUCAUAUUUUGGUCAAUAUGAAUGGGUAUACUAAAGGGGCCCGGAAUGAGAUUUUUGCAUUGAAACCGGCUCCAGUUCAAGUCAUGUGGUUGGGGUAUCCUGGUACUAGUGGUGCUAGUUUUAUGGACUAUUUAGUCACCGAUGCUGUGACGUCGCCGAUUGAAUUGGCCAAUCAAUAUAGCGAAAAACUUGCAUAUAUGCCUUACACUUACUUUGUUGGGGAUCAUAGACAGAUGUUCCCCCAUCUCAAGGAGAGACUCAUUGUGAGUGAUAAGAGUACAAAUUCGAAUUUGGCAGACAAUGUGGCGAUUAUAAAUGCUACGGAUUUGUCGCCAUUGGUCGAAAGCACGGAAGUGAAGGAAAUCAAGGAAGUGGUCAAGGCUGCAAAGAUGGUGGAAAUCAGCCUGAAGGUGGCGGAGCUCCCCACCACCACUCCCAUCGAAAACAUGAUCGCAUCGGGCCAAGUCCAGACCUCCCUUAACGGAGUAGUAGUCCAAAACGGUUUAGCCACGACUCAAACCAACAACAAAGCCGCAACUGGUGAAGAAGUCCCCCAAAAUAUCGUAAUUACGACUCGACAACAAUAUGGACUUCCUGACGACGCAGUCGUCUAUUGUAAUUUCAACCAAUUGUACAAAAUCGAUCCAAUGACAUUGCACAUGUGGGUCAACAUAUUGAAGGCUGUGCCCAAUGCAGUGUUGUGGCUGUUGCGCUUCCCGGCUGUUGGCGAGCCGAAUUUACAGGCGACAGCCCAGCAAUUGGGACUUCCACCCGGAAAGAUUUUAUUUAGUAAUGUGGCAGCCAAAGAGGAGCAUGUGAGGAGGGGGCAAUUGGCGGAUGUGUGUCUGGAUACGCCGUUGUGUAAUGGACAUACGACCAGUAUGGAUGUUUUGUGGACGGGGACACCGGUUGUGACCUUCCCGGGGGAGACUUUAGCCUCGAGAGUAGCCGCGAGUCAAUUAGCCACACUUGGGUGUCCAGAAUUGAUAGCACGGUCCAGGCAGGAAUAUCAAGAAAUUGCUAUUAAGUUAGGAACAGAUAAGGAAUAUUUGAAAGCGAUGAGGCAUAAGGUUUGGGCAGCUCGAACAACAUCGCCGCUCUUUGAUUGCAAACAAUAUGCCCAAGGAUUGGAAUUGUUGUAUUGCAAAAUGUGGGAACGUUUCGCUGGAGGACUCAAACCCGAUCAUAUAACUGACACAACCGCUAAGAAAUAAAACUGUGGGACUGAUAUUUACUCAUCUAAAUUAUUUUGUAAUUUCUAGCUUUGAUGAAGACUCGAGAUUUCAUCAUGAUGUAUAUUUUAGUUCAAGUUGUAUGCAAUUUACUAUUGAGUUGUGAAAUGUGACAUACGAUCGCUGUGUUGUAUUAUAAUAAAUUUCAACAAGUUCAA